AUGACGAUUCUCCUCAACCAACUGUUUUUCAUAAUCUACAUACUCUGUGAAUACGUUGAAAGCCAAGAGGCCUCUGGAUCAAGAAUUGUGACUACAAGUAGGGGUCCGGUUGGGCCCUUGAAGUUUACAAUGUUUGGACCUCCAGAAGGUCAAGUUCAUCGAAAGUCAGGAAAGUCGGACAGGUUCGAAUUAAAUUCCAACGAUAAUUGCCAUAUUUUCGGCACAACAAUUGGUCGACCAUGCACUUUUGACAAAAGGUCAAACACAGCUACACUUAACUUUGACGAUGUUUCCCAAUACCAAUAUAUUGAAGUGACAGACGGCAAUUACGUGUAUACGGUGUAUUUUGCUGAUGACUGCCUAUUUCCUCCUCCAAAAUCCGGUGAUGUACUGAUCCCUCCUCUAAUACCACUGUAUCGGUAUUUGAAGGACGAGACAUCUGUUGACCUCGAAUUUAAAAUCUACGAUCUACCUAAAUCGAAAACGGUAUAA